CAUUUUUGUUUUGAAUCAAUCAGCUGGCUGUGCGAGGUCAAAUGAGGAAAAAAGGAAAAGAAUCGUAAAAGUAGUAAAAAUCUCACACUGACUCGACGACGAUUACAAAAUAAAAUCUACAAAAAUAUCACUCAUUUCAUUAAUAUUCAAUCAAAAAGCUGGACAGAAAAGCCGAAAAAUGUCCAAAGUCGUCAACUACAUGGGCAUGAGCAUAGUUGAGCCCCAGGCGAGAAUCAAACAUUUGGCCAACUAUGGCAACAUGGUCGAAGUUGAUCCAAAUAUGCCUGUCCAGAGAUACUUUCGUUCAGGCACAGAAAUCCUUCGAAUGGCCAAUGUCUAUCUGACCGAGGGCAAUCAUGAAAAUGCAUACAUUCUGUAUAUAAAAUUCAUGACCUUGUUCAUCGAGAAAAUCCGAACUCACCCCGAUUAUAGUAGCGUGCCUGCAGCAGUGAAGCAACCCAUUCGGGUGAAACUCAAAGAAAUCAUUCCAGUUGCUGAGAAACUCAAGGAAAAGCUCCUCGUUCGCUAUCAGAAAGAGUAUGAACAGUUUUUGGCCAAUAAGGAGGCGGAGAAAGCGCGUGAAAUGGAAAGAGAAAAACAACGUUUGCUUCAGGAACAGAAGGACAAAUCGAACAGAGCCAUGCCGAUGGGUUUGCAAGUUCAAAUCGACCCGAAAGUACAGCCUAGUGCUCCCGAUUUAAGUUUACUCGAUCAAGUGGUUUAUCCUAACGAUUUUCCAAGUGGUACCGGUGGCAGGUCGAACCUACCAUCGUCGGGGCUGCUUUUACCGGAUUCUGAUAAGAAAACGGGAAAACCUGCUUUUGAUCGAAGUCAAAAGCCAGCUAACGACUCUUCUUCGGAAUCGCUACUGGCUUCAGGCUCUCUGCGAACUGUUGUUAUUCCACAUAACACCAUGAUGCUAUUUCUUAGUCUAGCAAGUAAAAACACGGCGAAUAAUGUUGAGACAUGCGGCAUUCUAGCUGGAAGAUUGGCUCACAAUCGUUUGCUCAUCACUCAUGUUAUAAUUCCAAAACAGCAGGGCACAGCUGAUAGUUGUAAUACGAUGAAAGAAGAGGAAAUUUUCGAUGUACAGGAUCAACAAAAUCUCAUUACUUUAGGUUGGAUUCAUACUCAUCCAACUCAGACGGCUUUUCUUUCUUCGGUCGAUCUACACACUCAUUGCUCCUAUCAAAUGAUGAUGCCCGAAGCUAUUGCCAUUGUAUGUGCUCCCAAAUACCAAACAUCUGGUUUCUUUUGUUUAACCCCGAAUUAUGGCCUGGAUUAUAUUGCCCAAUGUCGUCAAGCUGGAUUUCAUCCACAUCCAAAUGAUCCUCCUUUGUUUAUGGAAGCAACUCAUAUCCAUAUUGAUGAACAUUUAAAUGUGGAAUUUGUUGAUCUUAGAAGAUAGUCUGAAAACAAUAUUUGACACAAAAGAUCUCUUCAAGUUUAUACCAAAAAGGAAAAACAAAUGCUACUAAAGGUCAAAAAUUACAUGCCCUUUUCAUGUUCAAUGUUGUUUGCUUAGCUGGAGCUAAAAAAUUUACAAAACAAACAAAAAUUCAACAUAUAUAUAUACAAACAAAAAUUAAGUGCUUUAUAAAGGCGGCUUCUACACCAAAUACCUAAAUAAUAUUAUAUUUUAAUGAAAAAUUGAUAAAACAAAAGAGUAAGAAAGAGCUUGAAUAAUUAGGAUAUUGGUUUUUAAAUGAUGAUAUAUGCAAUUGCAUUUAAAUAAUUUAAUAUUGUUUUUUUAAGUAAUUUUUGAAAAUAGAGCUUUUUGUUUUUGAAACAUCCUAGUUUUUUUUUAAUUUGUAUGUUAAUUAGAUGCGUUUUUCAAUUCACUUUAAGUCGAUGCAUUAACUUUUAAAAGAAAAGACAGUUUGGCAUUUUAAUGAAAUUAAUAUACAU